AAGGUCAUACCUUCGGUCCAAGCUGUUUAUUUUCUAGCAGCUCGAAAAAACAAAAUUGCAAUUUCGUUCGAUUUAUUGAGGAAAAUCGCCGGAAAAGCGGUGGAAAAACUCGCGCUACUGCCAUGUCGGCCUUCACGGAGACGGCGCUGCUAAAGAAGCUGGCGGAGCUGAACAGCAGCCAGCAGAGCAUCCAGACUUUAUCCUUGUGGCUGAUUCACCACCGCAAGCACAGUGCGUCGAUUGUGAAGACCUGGCAGCGGGAAUUGGAGAAUGUUCCCGAGCCCAAGAAGCUGACCUUCAUGUACCUGGCCAACGAUGUGAUCCAAAACAGCAAGAAGAAGGGUCCCGAGUACGGCAAGGAGUUUAACCACGUGCUGGGCAAGGUUUUCGCCCAUAUAGGCGAGAAAUGCGGUUCGGACAAGCUCCUGGGCAGCCUGGGUCGCAUCCUGAACAUCUGGCUGGAGCGGGGAGUCUACGAUUCCAAGGUUAUUGCUGAAUGGCGGUCGCGAUUGCACAGGGAAUCCUCUUCUAGUGGAGCAACUGCCUCCUCCAGCAGCAAUGGAAAGCCCUCCAAUGGCAGCAGUGAAAAGCAGGAGAAGCCCGAGAAGCAUAAAGAAAAAUCGGAGCGAAGGGAAAAGCGCAAGCACGAGGAUCGCCACUCCAAAUCGAAGCGUUCAAGGCAUCAGGCUCAAAGCAGCGGCAGCAGUAGCUCCAAUUAUGCGCCUCAAGUGGAGGAGGCAGCUCCUGUGGAGCCGGAAAAUGGCCACACGCCACCCUAUUUGCCUUUGGGCGAGCCACCAGAGCCAGAGGAGCUCAUUAAGGCCUUGACCAGCAUUGAAAACUCCGCCUCGAGUGAUGCAGUGGUGAGGGAGAGGAUCGCCAAGCUGCCGCAGGAAAUCUCCGAGAUCAGCUGCAUCAGCAAGCUGGAGGAUAAGGACAAGGCCAAGGCUUUGGCGGUGCAGGUCAACGAAGCUGUGGAUCUGCUGAACGAUUACAACGCUCGACUGGCGGCGGAAAUGGAGGAGCGCACCAAGUUGGCCACCAUGCUGCGAGAUUUUCAAGUGGAGCAGAAGGAGCUGCUCUCCCAGGCGGAGCUACGUCUCGAUGAACACAAGAAGAAGCUGGCCAAGAUGUUGGGCCUGCAGAAGGAGAUCCACGACCAUCUCUCCAACCUGCCCGACUUGACCCAAUUGCCCGAUGUGACCGGCGGACUGGCGCCCCUGCCCUCCGCCGGCGAUCUCUUCAACGCCCUGCAUUGAAAACAGAUACAGAUACAGAUCCUGAGAUCCUUGAGAAGCCACUAUAAGUCAAGCCUAGAGUUUAUACAUUUAUUUGCAAUUGUCCCCCGUUUACUCACUGAUUGUAAUCCAAACACACGUUUUAAUUAUAGCAUCUAUUUGCAAGCAA